AAGAGAUUUAUUAAAACUGCGAUAUAAUUGGAAAAAAAGAUAUAAUUUUUUAUCUCCGAUACCACCCUCGAUAUCAUGGAAUGAACAUUAUAAAUCACGCAGACAGUCUUCCAGCGGUCUCUUGGGCCAUUUUGGCCGAAUCUUUUAUAUGAAUUCAACUAAAAUAUGUGUCACUUCAACCCCACCUUCAAUCAGUCCAAUCUUCUCGUUGUCCUUUUCAAUCCAUCGAUCGUACCAAGCUAUCGCAUCGCCACCAAUCUUGAUCAUCCCGAUGAAGAAUGUGUACAGGUGCAGGUAUAGGACGCACCGAACCGCACGAUAACAACGCGUGAUAAGAACGACCGUAUCUUGCAGUACCGAGGGUGACGAAACGGGAAUGGCGUACGGGAAACUACACGUAUUACCAUUGAGUCUCUUCAUCUUGAUUCCCGUGACAUUCGUAAUUACAUACACCAUAUCGGUGCAAUGGGACCACGUGGUGCCUGGAUUCCCUUAUAUAUCAGAGACCGGCACAUUAUCACCGGAAUCCUGCAUAUUUGCGCAAUGCCUAAACAUUGCAGCUCUUUUACUCGGAUGCUGCGUCUACAUUAGGCAUCGACAAGUACUGCAAUGGCAAAUAGAGAGAGGUCGUGAUCUUGUAAGCAGAAGAAUUAUUACGGUGACCGCGUGCUGUGGCAUCCUCGCUUGUUUCGGUUUAGACAUACUUGCCAAUUUUCAAGAGGCUCGCGUAAUCGCCGCUCAUAUGGUGGGAGCGAUGACUUGCUUCUCUGCUGGCACUCUCUAUUUCUGUUUUCAGACAUAUUUGAGUUAUAAGAUGGUACCAGCUAUGAACGGCACGAUUGUCGUUUAUGUGCGCGCAAUUCUCUCGGCUCUCACAUUGAUAUUAACGAUUGCAACGAUCAUUCCUGGCUAUAUCUCGAUGUCUGAAUUUCAAGGUAAUGAUUACAAGAAGUGGCUACCGGCAGACGGUGGUUGGGGCUGGCAUGUCGCGAGUACUACAUGCGAAUGGAUUCUCGCAAUAGUCUAUUGCGCAUUUCUUCUGACGUUUGUUUUGGAAUUUCGAUUAAUUAACUUUGAAGACCCCGUAGUUACGGUACCUCAAUUAUUUAUUAAUAUAGUAGCAUUUUUUUUUUGUUUAAAAAGUUACGCUAGAAUAUCGGCUCUUUGCGUUUAUUAAAUUCUGUCCCGAAGUUUAUAAACUUCUAAUGUAUGUGAUAUUCUACUGCUGCUGUGUAUAUCUUUUUUGCUACAAAUUUUUUGAUUGAAUUCUUUACAAAUUUCAGAAAAUAAAGGAUUAUUUUCUAUCAGAACUUUCUUAAUAUUUAUCAUUAAGCUAUCACUAUUAUUACUUGAAAAAUCUAAUUAAAUUAAAAUUGAAAAAAGUUUAAUGAUAAAGAAUAAGAUUUUGUUAUACAUUUACAAUUAUAAAUUUUAACAAUCAAAAAUGUUUUUUAUAAUUAGUUUUAAAUAUAAAACUAUAUACGCGAUGGUAACCAAAAAUAAUCAGAAUUUAUGUACAAAAAAUUAACAGCUUGCCAAAACAAUUAAUGGUCUUCAUCAUCCUCGAAAUAGUCCCUUGCGGUAUUAACCAUAAUAAUACAUAAUAUUUCAUGCAUUAAUUUUAUAAAUAAUUUUGUUUUAGUUAAUGUAUUUGGAUAAAAUCGAGAACACGGCGAUGCCACACAAAACGGAAGCGACAACGCAACAAGAUACGUAAUUUCUUUUCUACAUCAAUUUGUCAAGUUUCCACUAGAUAUAUAGUACUAGCUAUAUUUAAUCUUGCACACACAUCCAAUCUCUCUAUAUAAUAUAUCUUAUAUCUCCGACAGUUAUUAUACAUUAUCGGAAAGAAAAAAAAAACAAAAGAUUAACAAGGAGAAUGUAACAUAUACAUAUAUAUUGCAAAGUGUUAAAAAAAACAGUAAUUGAGCCUAUCACGACAGAAAGCCUAGAGUCAAUAUAUGAAUUUCCUACGUCUGUAAAAAACAAAAUACAAAAAAAUAUUAAUUAAGAAUGCAAGCUAUGUAUAAUACUAUUGAAUAAGAAGAAAAUCGUUAUACAUUGCGUUGUUAGCUGACUUUCUCUUCCUUAAAAAUUUUAUCUAACAAUGCCAUUAAUUUAAAUACAAUUGUAAGACACGUUAUAAUUAUAUAGCCAGUGAUAAGUAUGCCAUUAUCAAGAAUUGCAAUAUCAUAUCUGAACAGCGCAAGAUUAGAUACAUUGCGAGUGCAGACAAAGAAAUUUAAGACUCAUAUCAUCAAUUAUGAUUAAUUAUGCGGCUUAACUAUGACAGUCAA